UUUUUCUCCUGAUGGUGUCUCAUUUGAAAACUUUUGUACUCACGAGAUACUCGUGGGCACUUUCUCCCUUUUCUACACCAAAAUCACAUAAAAUGAAUUAAAACGAAAGAAUUCUGUGAUAUAUAUGUAAAACAUCUUAUUAAAAUUCAACAGCAACCAAACUUCUUUUCCUAGAUAGAAAAAGGAAGUCCCGGGAAAAGAUAAUGGAAGUAGUUAGCCAGAAUGAUCAAGAAAAUCAAGCUAUAAUCUGGCAACAAAUUUAUGGUUUUUCGGAAUCUUUAAUUCUCAAAUGUGCAGUUCAACUAGAGAUUGCUGAAACUAUUCAUCACCAUGGAACACCAAUGUCUAUAUCUGAAUUAGCUGCUAAGCUUCCCAUUGAUCAACCCGUUAAUAUGGACCGUUUGUACCGUGUCAUGCGUUAUUUAGUUCACAUGAAACUCUUCAACAAGGAAGAAAUCAUCUAUACACAUAAUGGUGGAACCGUCGAGAAAUACUCCUUAGCUCCACCGGCGAAAUACCUAAUAAGAGGGUCUGAAAGAUCAAUGGUUCCUUCAAUUUUAGGUACAAUUCAUAAGGAUUUGCUUGCUGCAUGGGACAUUUUAAAAGACAGUUUAACUGGUAAUUGUAACGUUUUUGAGAAAGCGUUGGGAAGGAACAUUUCGGUUUAUUAUAGUGAAAAUCUUGAAAUGAAUAAAAUUUCCAAUGAAGCAAUGGCUUUUGAUAGUGGAUUAUUUACUUCUGCUUUGGUAAAUGAAUGCAAAAGUGUUUUCGGUGAUGACAUUAAAACACUAGUUGAUGUUGGUGGUGGUACUGGAACUGCAAUCAAAGCCAUCUCGAUGGCGUUCCCGAAUAUUAAAUGCACGCUCUUUGAUCUUCCUCAUGUUAUAGAUGAUUCACCUGAAACUCCAACUAUUACAAAAAUUUCAGGUGAUAUGUUCAAGUCUAUUCCUAGUGCUGAUGCCAUCUUCAUGAAGAACAUUCUUCACGAUUGGAACGAUGAUGAAUGUAUUCAAAUUCUAAAGCGAUGCAAAGACGCAGUGUCACCAGGAGGAAAACUUAUUAUCGUUGAAAUGGUAAUGGACAUGGAUUCGGUUCAUCAUCCGUAUUCAAAACUUAGACUCGCAUCUGAUAUGGAUAUGAUGGUUAGCAAUGGAGGUAAAGAGAGAACCGAAAAAGAAUGGAAGGAACUUUUUGAUCCAACAGGUUUUGCAUGUUGCAAAAUUACUCAAAUGUCAGCAGGUUUUGCAGCUCAAUCUGUAAUCGAAGUGUUUAUUGAUGAUGUAAUUGAAGAAUCGGGUUUCGCCAAAUAGGGACCAUGUUGUUGGCUCAUGGACCCUUUGCUUAGACACUGAAUAAGGCAUUUCCAUUAUAGGAAACUGCAGCUGUACAAGUAUUUUCACUACAUCUAUAACCGUGUACACACCGACACAAACAUCAUUAUCAAUA